GAAGAACCCUCAAACACUGCAAAAUUGAAAGAUAUAUUGCAAUUUAAUGCUAAAUAUAGGAGAAAUUUAUAAAAAGUUCUAGCUCAUGUGUCUUCUAUGGCUUCUGGGAAAUCCGUUCAAGAAACGUGAAUCCAUAGAAUGUAUUGAGUAAAGAAAUGCUAAAAAUAUACUUAGUAGACACUAUAGUAGGCUUUUAAUUGAAUUACAUGGGAAAACAGAAUUUUCCUCAAUAUUUUGAGUCAUUUUCUCUACAAAUUUCCUCCGGUUAACAUCUUGAAGAUUUGCCGCUCCAGAAAAUCUAGUACAAUUUCACAGCUGUUACGUCAUUAGUUUACCUAUAUUUUUUUGCAAAUGGACCCUGAAAAUUUUGUUUACUCGUGUUGUGAGUGAAGAAAAUCCCAGAAAGUAUGGUGAAUAUUUGAGUUUUAGCCCCAAUUAUUGUGUUUUUUCGUGAAAGGGACACUUGGUGGCAUCCUCGUGAAUCUUCUGCCUGGGUGAAAAUCGUUCUUUUUUUUGUUGGGGUGGAGAAAAAGAACGAUAGAAGAGGAAAAUGACCAAGAAAUUUGAGUUCAAUUGGCAAAUUCCUGUGCCAGAACCACUCCUCAAUGGAUCAGUAUUUGACCGCUGGACAGAGGAGAAGGACAACAUCGAGACGGAGUUUGGGUGCCUCUUCAAAGUGGACGAGUUUGGAUUUUUCAUUUAUUGGAAGAGUGAAGGCCGCGAAGGCGAUGUUAUUGAACUAUGCCAAGUUAGUGAUAUCCGAGCUGGAGGUCUUCCAAAGGACCUCAAGCUCACCAAUCAACUCUUAGCUCGGCACGGUGAGAGUCUCGAAGAGAAAUCUCUAACAAUAUGCUCUGGAACGGACUACAUCAAUGUGAACUAUCAGCAUAUUAUUUGUCCUGACGCAGCUACAGCCAAGAUUUGGCAGCAAGGAUUGCGAGAUAUUACACAUAAUGUUAAAAUGAACAAUGUUUGUCCCCGGACGAAUUUAAUGAAACAUUGGAUGCGUUUGGGCUUUUUGGUUGAUCCUAGAGGAAAGGUACCAGUUAAAGUUGUAGCAAGAACUUUUGCUUCAGGAAAAACUGAAAAGCUAGUGUAUCAGUGUUUGUCAGAUUUGGGACUUCCCAGUGGGAAGAAUGAUACAUUUGAGAAGGAAGAUUUCACCUUUGACAAAUUCUAUGAGUUGUAUCACAAAAUUUGUCCAAGGAAUGACAUUGAGGAGCUGUUUCAGAGUAUCACAGAAGGAAAAGCUGAGAGUAUCAAUUUGGAACAAUUUAUCAAUUUUCUCAACGAAAAACAGAGAGAUCCAAGACUCAAUGAGAUUCUCUAUCCGUUCUAUGAUGAGAAGCGAGCCCUCGAGAUUAUCGAAACCUAUGAGCAGGAUCCAGAAGCAAUAGCUGGAAAAAAAUUGACCAAGGAUGGAUUCAUUCGUUACCUAAUGUCAGACGAAAAUGCUCCAGUAUUUCUGGAUCGUUUGGAUAUUUAUAUGGAUAUGGAUCAACCCCUAUCGCAUUACUAUAUUAAUUCUUCGCAUAACACGUACUUGUCUGGUCGUCAAUUUGGUGGAAAGAGUUCUGUAGAGAUGUACCGACAAGUUCUUCUGGCUGGAUGCAGAUGUGUUGAGUUGGAUUGCUGGGAUGGGAAGGGAGAGGAUCAGGAACCAAUAAUAACUCACGGAAUGGCAAUGUGCACGGAUAUUCUGUUUAAGGAUGUCAUUUUGGCUAUUCGUGAUACGGCUUUUGUUACCUCUGAUUUCCCCAUAAUUCUCUCUUUUGAGAAUCACUGCAGUCGAUCUCAGCAGUACAAAUUAGCCAAGUACUGUGAUGAAAUUUUUGGGGAUUUACUGCUGAAAGAACCCAUUCCGGAUUAUCCAUUGGAACCAGGAGCUCCACUACCGCCACCAUCGCUGUUGCUGAGGAAGAUUCUGAUUAAGAAUAAGCGUCUGAAGCCAGAAGUUGAAAAGAGGGAAUUGGAGUUAUUCCUCGAGGGUCAAUUUGUCAUUGAUGAGACGGAGGAAUGCAAGGAAGAUGCAAGUACAGUGGUGGAGGCGAAGAAACCAGAAGAAAUUGUUCCAAUUCCAGCAGCAGCUUCGCAGGAUGGAACAGAUGUCGAAGUUCCGGCUGUUCAGUAUACUGGAUCAACGACAAAUGUUCAUCCUUGGCUGUCGUCCAUGAUUAACUAUGCUCAGCCAAUUAAAUUUCAGACCUUUGAGAUAUCCGAACAGAAAAAUAUUCAUCACAAUAUGUCAUCUUUUGCUGAGACGACUGGGAUGAAUUUGCUGAAGCAACAAGCCAUUGAUUUUGUCAAUUACAACAAGAGGCAGAUGUCGAGGAUUUAUCCAAAGGGUACUCGAGCUGAUUCUUCAAAUUACAUGCCACAAGUAUUCUGGAAUGCUGGCUGCCAGAUGGUUUCGCUGAAUUUCCAAACGUCCGAUCUGCCCAUGCAGCUGAAUCAGGGAAAAUUUGAGUACAAUGGAAAUUGUGGGUAUCUCCUGAAGCCGGAUUUUAUGCGUCGAGCAGACAGGAAUUUCGAUCCAUUUGCCGAUGCUCCGGUUGAUGGAGUAAUUGCAGCUCAGUGUGCUGUGCAAGUGAUAGCAGGUCAAUUUUUGUCUGAUAAAAAGGUGGGGACAUAUGUAGAAGUUGAUAUGUACGGCCUACCAUCGGAUACGGUGAGAAAAGAAUUUCGCACCAGAAUGGUUCCAGCCAAUGGCCUCAAUCCGGUCUACAAUGAGGAACCAUUUCUCUUUCGCAAAGUCGUCCUGCCUGACUUGGCUGUUCUCCGAUUUGGGGUCUAUGAUGAAAAUGGCAAACUCCUAGGACAGCGAAUUCUUCCUCUUGAUGGCCUUCAGGCUGGAUAUCGUCACAUCUCACUGCGAACUGAUGCUAAUUUUCCCAUGUCCCUGCCAAUGCUGUUCUGCAACAUCGACCUAAAGAUCUACGUGCCGGAUGGUUUUGAGGAUUUCAUGGCGGCCCUGAGUGAUCCCAAGGGCUUCAAUCAGGCUGCCAAGGAACGUUCGAGCAAUAUGAAAUCGCUGGGAAUUGAAGAGACCACAGGAGGGGAUGCCAAGAUGGAGAAGAAGGAGGAGAAAAAGGAAGAACCACCGUUAAUUUUUGAUCCAAUCAAUUUUCAGAGUGUUAAACAAGAUAAGGGCUUUCAGAAGAUUGCCAGGAAGCAACAGAAGGAACUGGAGGCACUGAAGAAGAGGCAUGCCAAAGAGAGACUUUCCACACAGAAGCUACACAAUGCUGCCCUGGAGAAGCUGUGCAAAGGGAAAAGCAAAGACGAAAUCAAGAAUGAUCCGUCCGUUCGGAAGGUGAUUGCUGAGCAAAUCACUCAAUGGACCCAACUGGAUAGUACCCACAAGAAGGAAGAGUGGGAGAUACUGAGGCAGCAAUUGCAGGACCAAAUUGAUAUCCUCCGGAGGAUAAUGGAGACCAAUCAGUUGGCACAGAUGAAGCAACUUGAGGCUAAACACGAGCGAGAAGUGAAGGAGUUGAAUUCUCGACAGGCCAAGAUUUCCGUCGAAACCUCCAAGGAGGUUGCUAAUGACAAAACUCUGAAGACUAAAGGUGAGAAAGAUCGGCGACUGCGUGAGAAGAAGCAGAAUAACAUCAAGAGGUUCAUGGACGAGAAGAAGAGUGCAACGAUCAAGCAGGGAAGGGAAAAGGAGAAGCUGAAAUUGACUCACGAUAAGCAGCUCGAAGAGCUCAAGCAGGACAUCCAAAAGUUGAUGGAUCUCUACAAAUUGGAGGAAGAGGAGUACAAUUUGACACCAAAAACAGAAAUUUUCGCUUAGUUGUCUCUACACACGUUAACUAUACAUUUAAUGCAUGAUUAAUUUAUUGUUGAACAUUCUCAAAAAAAAACAACCCCUUAAAUGUUACCUUCUCGAUAAAAAAUUAUUUAUACAUAAUUAUUAUUAUCACUAUGUGUUGUUGAUGAGAAAAAAAAAUGCUUAUCAUAAGUUAAAAGCGUUGAAAAGCAAAAGUUGGCCAAUGAAUGGGUUUGUUGAGGACGGAAUAAAUCAAGCUCUUUAGCGAAUUUAUGAAAUCCAUUUUAAAAUUUGUAUCGUUCAUUAUAUCAAAUUUAACAAGUAAUUAAAUAAAUAUAUAAAAAUAAAAGAAA